AUGGCGACUCGACGCAUCGUUAAAGCGCGCCGGCCGGCAGGAGGCGCCGGCGCGUCUCCCGCCCCCGCCGCUCCUGCCGCCGCUGCGCCGCCGGAAAAACCGGCUCCGGCCGCGGCUGACGUGGCAGGCGGGUCCGACGUGGCGGAAGCGAAGGAGCAGGCGGAGGAGGACGGGACGGAGGAGGUGAGCUCUGGCGGCAAGCGCGCGAAGAAGGCGCGAUCCGACGGCGCGGAGGAGGAGAAGGCGGCGGAAGGUUCUGCGAAGGAGGGCGACCAGGCGGGAGAGAAGAAAACGGAAGAGGGUAAGGUUAGCGAAGACGCCAUUAAAGAGGAUAAGGCAGCGGCGGAGAAAGAAGGAUCGGGGGAGAGCGACAAGCAGGAGGCGAAGGCGGAGGGAGCGAAUGGCGCGGGAGCCGCGGCGGGAGCAGCGGCGCCGGCAGCGGCAAGCCCGUCUGGGUUCGUGGGUUUUGCCAAGGCGGCUCCGGGAUUCAGUCCUUUCCUCUCCUCCACCACCGCCGCCUCUUCCGGCGGAGGUUUCGCCUCAUUCUCCUCUUCCGCCUUCGCUUCCCCCUUUGCCGCUUCCGCCUCGUCCGGAUCUUCCGCGUUCUCCUUUACCUUCCCCGCCACCACCUCCGCAUCCCCCGCCGCCGGUUCCGCCGCCGCAACCGGCGGCGGGUCGUCGAUCUUCCCUGCCGUUUCCAGCAUUUUCGGGUCGGGGGCGACAGCCAAUGGGAGCAGCGCAAGCGGUGCGAUCGGCGCGACUCCGGGCCUGGGGAUCGGGUUCGGCAGCAGCAGCGGGGCUGGCAGCGGCGCGCCAGCUGUCACGCUGUCGGCGGUCCACGUGGCGACGGGGGAGGAGAAGGAGCGCGCGGUUUUCGCGGCGGAUGCGACGCUGUUCGAAUUCGGAGAGGGGGGGAAGUGGAAGGAGCGGGGGAAGGGGGAAGUUCGGCUAAACGUGCAGGCGGAAGGGGAGGGGGAGGGGGAGGGGGAGGAAGGGGAGAAGGGGGAGGGGGAGGGGGAGGAAGGGGAGAAGGGGGAGGAGGGGAAGGAUGGGGAGAAGGAAGAGAAGGAAGGGACUGAGACAACGGAGAAGGAAGGGGAAGAGAAGAAGGGAGGAGAGAAAGAGAAUAAGGAGGAAGAGAAGAAAGAACAGGAGACGGAUGGGAAAGAGGGAGAGAAGGGAGAUAAGGAAGAGAAGGACACGUCAGCAGAAAAGGCCAAAACAGAGAAGCGGCCAGCUCGGCUGGUCAUGCGAGCGAAGGGCAACUUCCGUCUUCUUCUGAACGCGAAUCUUUUCCCGGAUAUGAAAGUAACCCGGAUGGAUGGGCGGGGAAUUUCGUUUGCUUGUGUGAACAGUACUGGUGAGGAGAAGGAGAAGGAGAAAGAGAAAGAGAAGGAGAAGGAAGGGGGUGCAGCAGCAGCAGUUGGUUUGACGAUGCUGGCGCUUCGUUUUAAGGACGUGGCGCAUACAGAGGAGCUGCUGUCGCUCAUUAACGAGUACAAGGGCGGCAAGGGGAAGGAUGCUUCCAAGGAAGGUCCUGAUGCUGCAGAAGCGAAGGAGGAGGGGAAGGAGGAGAAGGAGGAGGGGAAGGACAAGGGGGGUGCACAAGAUAAGGAAGGGAAAGAGAAUGAGGGGGCAGGGAAGAAAGAGGAGGGGAAGGAAGAGGAGGAGAAGAAAGAGGGGGAGGAUAAGAAGGUGGAGGAGGGGAAGCAAGAGGAGAAGGCAAAUGCAGGUGCAGCUGUGGUUUCUGCAGGUGGCCUCUUCAUUUCACUGCAGUUCGCAUGCUUGCAGGCUGCUACUGCUCCUCAACCCACUUCUUUUCACUUGCUUGCUGGCGGCUGCGGCUGCUUAUCAUUUCACUGCAGUUCGAAUGCCUGCUCCUGGCUGCUACUGCUCCUCGACCCACGGCUCUUCACAUGCUUGCUGCGCCAAGAAUUUGAAGCAGAGAAGGAAGCAGAGAAGGUCUUCCCGUUCGACCCCACUUGCUCCCUACUGCCACACUCCCUUUCUUCUACUACUUGA